AUGUCCUUUCAACACAGGAAUCUCGCGGAAGUCUGGCAGCACCUCGAAGGCAGACACGACCUCGCGAACAUUCUGCGCGAGAUCAUCGGCCAGCACUCCGUCGAAACAACGCUUCAGGAAGAUGUCACCAGGAGUACUGGGGAGUCUGUCCGGACUGUCAUCUGGAUUAAGACGAUUUUCGACCUGCAGCGAUGUUAUUUCAGCGGAAACGCGACAGGCGUCGCGGAAUGCCCACCUUACGUCCUCUCAUGCCUCCUACCACCCGAGCUCCUCUUCUCCAGCAUUCUCUACCUGAUCAACAUCAAGACGCGAUUGUUCUCAAGCCACACGACGCUCAUGACCAGAGAGUUCACGCGGCCGAGGCACAUUCUGGCGCAAACCAUUCUAUCUGGAUUGCGGCUCCUGCUCCUUAGGAAAGAAAGCCUCGCGACAAACGAUAAGCGGCGGCUGCAGAAUGCCAUCAAUAUGGCUUGGCAAGAUGAUCGACUACUCGGUGUGGAGCGCUUCAUUGUGUCGGACUUGUUUGCCGGGAUUCUCGAUUCCAUCAAUGACACAUCUCGCGAGAAUCCGUACCACCUUGAAUGGACCAAUGCCAAACUACCCACCUACGCCGCCGGUCUGUACCCGCUGGAUAUCAGGCCAGAAACCUUUGUCACGCCACUAAUCCAUGGAAUCCAGGAAGAGGACUGGAUUGAUGCGUACUGGGUGCUCUUCGACUGCGUAUGGGCGGUUGAAUGUGCAGUCACCCAGCGGUAUGUCGACCUUCGUCGGCAGACCGGCGUGCUCGGCUCCAAUCAGUUUGGCAUCGACACAGAUGAGAUUUUGGAACAGCUAUGGCACACCAGAACAAGCCUCAUUAUAUCGAUAUUUCACGUGACUGGGCCGAUGACGCCCGCACCGGCUCUGUUAGACUCGCUGGCUAUUACGCUGCUCGACUGGAGCGAUGAUCUCGAUAGCUUUUUAUCGAGGCAGGAUUCCUUUCUGGAGCAACGUUCAUCUUCUCGGCCAACACCUUCGCGGAACCAAAGCUAUUGCAAGACAAUAUCGGAGAUGAGUCCUUACUUCGAAGCUGCAUUGACUGGCUUUGCGGACUGGCUAUCGAACCGGAAGUCUGGCUAUGAACAAUUCAGCAUCAGAAGAACAGGUGUCUCUGCGAACGAUAUGCAAGAGAUGGUGAAAGAGUGGAUUACGCGUAUGACUUCUCCGAGCACGGAGACGCUAUCUAAGGAACUGGAUGGUGAUUAUCUUCCUGUCUAUAUUGUCGAUUGCCCGAAGCUGCACGUGAUACCCAAGAAAUACCUAGCGUAUAAGCUUCGGUGGUGCGACAAGUGGGCAUACGAGAGCAUCCAGGAGGACUCACCUAUAGUGAACUGGAAAGAAGGCGUAAGCUGUCCAAGCUGCACAGCCGGGGAGAAAAUCAAGUAUGCCCGCCUCGUAGAGCCCUUCCAACAUCUCGCCACAGCUCUCGAGAAUUUCCACUUUGACGAUUUCAGCCUGAGCCAGUAUUCCGUUGGCGACUCUGGCUCGUAUGAUGCCGCAUCUACCUCUGCGGCAUCGCGCUCUCUUUCAGAUGCUGGGAGUGUCGGCGUAAGUCCUCAUUCGCAUUCGACUGUGAACGUCAGCAUCCCAACGCACGUUUCAAGGCCAACCGAUGCGGAGAGCCAAAUGAAGUCCUCUGGCCAACCUCCACGAUAUACAGAAUCGCCUGUUAGCCCAGCGUCAUUCAGCCCUUUAUCUCAGCGUUCCCAGUCGUUUGGAUCCUCGUUGGACUAUCCUGUUAGUCCACUAAACGAAUCACUGAAUAUUCCUAUACCGGUAUCUGUCGAAUCUCGCCUGUCUAUGAAUCUUCCCAUCCCACUACACACUCCGACUAUUCCUGAAGCCUCAGAGAACGCAUCUGGAUCAGCGCCAUCAGAUGUUUCAAGCGCUAGGUUGAAUACACCGUCAACAGAUUCUAUGAGAAGCGGAGCUAGCGUCACAAAGUCGAAGUCGCCGAGCCGAACAGUGCGGAUUGCUAAUUCGAUACGACGCAAAUCGACCACGAAAGAGAGGGAAGCAUUUCCACUACCAAAGGAGCCUUCAUUCGUGUUUUCUUCGGCAGGACACUCAUUGUUACUGUGGGGGAAAGGAGCCGAUCAUCUAGUGCGCUUCGACAUUCCAAGCAAUGACACAUCCGCAAUACAAGGCUGCAAGUACGAGGUGCCAGGCUUGGAAGUUGCCGCGGCUGGUAAUCAUAAAUGCGCUGUAAUCGCUACUACCGGUAAUGGCUUGCUGAACAGGAGGCUCAUAAUAUUUGAUGGCAUCGGUCUAGCCCCGGAGUCCGAGAUUGACCUUGAGUUUUCAGGCAGAAUGGGCGACAUCUGCCUUGCUGUUUCGCGCAACGAUAAGUUCGUUGCAACCUCCAUCAACGACCAGACUCAGCUCUUUAGCCUGGAGGGCGGUAUCAAACCGAUUGCAUUCCAUCAUCAGAUUCAUGUGUACGAGAUGCGAGGCGGCAUAUCACACAAGCGCACGAUCCCGGUUGAACGCACCACGAGUGAUGAGUCAAUCAAGGAACCCCAGAAGACAGAUUCCGGCUGGUGGGGUGGGCAGUCCAGAGGUCUCAGUUCGAAAGAGAAGGCAGAAGAGCAGCAGAGGCAAACGGCCAUCAUAUCUCGGAAACUCUACUUCUCGACCGACAGCAAGCGGCUAGUCGUAGCAUCGCAGCUGGGAGACCACUAUGUAUACGUCGAUGUUUGGGAUUGCACGAGGGAACCGGUGGGUACCAUAUCCGAGCACUCGCGCUCGUUUAGGACACCCCCUUCGACACUCAACGACGGCGAUUUGACCAGCGUGUUCUACGAUUCAUUUAGGCGUUGCGCCCUCGUAACAGCCUUCUGGGGCAAAGAAUACCCCCUCCUCAUCCCGUUCCCCGGAUACGAUCCGCUUCAAAACGAGACCUACAGCACAAAAAUUGUGCACGCGGCACAGUCUCCCUCUGGAUUGACGCUGGUGGCCGUCAAUGCUAUGACGGAGCUCAUCCAGUUCGAAUACACCGCCAAGGGUGGACUAUCACCCCGCAAGCUCAAGAAAUCUUCCGGAAAGAUCAGCAGCGGCGUCUUCAAGCCCGGCGCCAUUGCUCUUGCUAUGCCGCAGGAGAACUGUCUGCAGAUUUUCUGGGUCAAGGAGGGGAAGAUGAUGCUCCGGAGUGUCAAGAUUGGAACGGGGGAGGCUUUCCGCGACUAUGACAUCCGGCCGCAUUACGAUCGACUGAUGAGCUUGAAGAAUAAGCCAGUGAUUGCGAGGGCACCGUCGCUGAUGAUUCCGGAGCUUGAUGCGACUUGA